CGCACGAUCAUUUAGAGAGAGGUCUCCAUCAGCACACACAUGCAUUGGUUGCGAGUGAUCCGCCAGGCAGCCAAACACAGUCACACACCCCGGAGCAUCACAUCAAAAUCGGCCAUUGCAGCAGCGAAGAGCACCAAGCGCACCCACAGCCCCACCCCCAGGCAGCCAGCGAGCCAUGAGGACGAGAAGAUCUCUUACAGACAGACAGACAGACAGACAGACAGAGACGUAGAGGGGGAGGGAGAGACGCACCGAUAGCGCACGGACAAAAGGCACAGCCAUAGCCUGACUAACGCAACGCAUGCAUCAGAGGCAUAUGGUGACCCCUGACCAUCCCAAAUCCAGAGCGAGUGGGUGGCACACCGAGCACCCCUCGUCCUGCGCACACACGGACCGGACAAAGAGAGGCCAAGAAACCCUCCUAAUGACACACAUACAACGCAAUAAUUGGAUGACCGGAGACAUUAAUCGGCUUUGCGCGUGGCAUUUCUGUGGCGUACCAGUGGUAGUUGGACCGCUCAAUCAGACACCGCCACCUGUCGAGUGCACAGGGAGGGACACACUUGUGUGCUGUAUGCCUUCCCUCCCUCCCUCUUUGGUACCUGCACUGCCCUCAUCAUCGCCGCCAUCGUGGGAACCUAACACAACACAUAAACACACAAACACACAAAACAAAAGCCACGUCGUGCCGUCCAUCCGGCCCGUGUUUGUGUGUGUCCCUACCACCGUCAUCAUCAUUCUACUUGGCCGUCGAAGACGUAUGGCGCCGCUCGCUCAAACGCCACACGGGCCAGCCGAGUGGUCACGGGGAAGCGGUCCUUGAAGGCACGCCACUCACCAGCGACAGGCGCCUCGGUCGUCCAGACCUGGACCCUCACUGCAGACAGACAAUGACAGAAAGAAAACACUGAUGACACUUGACACCAGCAGAGCUGCAUGUCGGUCGGCCUGACCGGUGCCGCCCCCCCAAGCGAAAAGGUUAAUCCAUGCGACGAAGGUGUGGCUGCUGUCGGUCAGCACCAGAUCUCGAAUAGGACCAUUCCAGGUGAGUGUGGUGGUGCAGCCGGCCACUGGUGUGUGGGGCGAGUCCGUCAGCAGGCCAUCCAGACGGCCGCCACCAACACGCCUGAACCAACCACACACACACACACACACAAUCACACACGCACCCCUCUCGCCACUGGUUCCAUUGGUGUGCUACCUGUUGAGUGCCAUCAGUGUGUGACGAUUGAGUGUCGCUAAGUGUGGUUGAGGCCAACGGUGAGUGUCGUAGAAGUGGAAGCAGAUCAUCCGCUUGGCGAAGGACGACACCGACGCAUAGGUGUCCGGGUAGCGCACCGAAGUCCAUUUGCCGGUGAAGCCAGAGUAUUCGAUGCGGCUUGCCACUGGUGGGCCAUGCUCUAGUCGGUGCUGCUGAUACAGAUGGCCGGCAAGGAGGGGCGGGUUGAGGUCCAGCUCGAAGCCGGGCUCGUCCUUGAUGGCCCGCACCUCACCGUUGGCAUAGCGGAAGAUCCGCAGGCAGCUGCCGUUGCCAUUGGCAUGGCGGCCCACCACCAUGAGCUGCGCCAACACACGGGGAACCGACAGAUACGCCUACACCACACACACAGAGAGAGAGAGAGAGAGAGAGAGAGAGAGGGGGGGGAUGAUGCCUCUCUGUUCGCUCCCGCCCCUCUGUGUGUGCCUUACCGUCUUGCUGGCGUGUGUGUUGAUGUCGUCUGCUGUGAGGCUGAGAGGCAGCGCGCAGCAGCCACACUGCCCCGCCCACUCAAUCACCUCGCCGAUCUCCACCCAUUCUCCCUCCUCCAUCACACACACAGUGUGAUGAAGCAGGUCACACACGCCGAACUGCUCAUCGUCGAACCGCAUCAGCUGCACUUGCCGCCCGUUGACCACCCGCCGCAGCCCCGCCUGUGAGCCCAGCGAGUGACGGAGCCGAUCUCUCAGCUGGGCCGCUCCGAAGAGCUUGCUGAGCCAUUUGCAGGUGGCUCUCAGCUGGAGUAUGUCUGUGAGGCUGAGGAGGUAGAAGGUGCGGCGGCCAACGAAGAUAUACGAGAAGGGAUGCUGCUGCUGAUGUUGCUGCUGCAUCUGGAGAUGAAAAGCCAGGGGAAGAGGCAAAAC